AUGGCAUUAAUUCAUAAUCAAAAUGACAUACAAAACAUGUUUAGUAAGGCUGGCAAAAUCACUUCCGAAAAAUACAUUGUCUUUCAAAGGAAGGAUGAAAUUAUCAACAACAGACCAAGAUAUUUCAAAACCAAAUCCUAAUCAGUUGCAUCUCCAGAAGAAGUCAAUCUAUAACCAGAAAAGAAAGUCCCAGAUCUGGCCAACAAGAAGCAGGUUCAAAUCACAGAAGCAGAACUCAUUCAACAUAAAAAUCAACUCAAACUCUCGCAACCCUUCUCCAAGUAACUCUCUCGAUAAGUCGGACAUUAUACCAAACUCAGCAACGAUAGCAAACCCUCCUGUGGUCAAUAUCAUGUCAAAUACAGCGAAUUAGACAAAGCUGUUCAUUCCAUUCACGAUUAUGACAAAUCCCUCAAACUAACCUCGCCCAGACUCGUACCAGGAAAACUUGGACAACCAGAAAGCAUCGACAAACCUAUUGUUGAUCGACCAAGAUAUUCUCGUACUUGCUUUACAGAUCUAACCAGACAAACCCAAAGACCUGAUAUCUUCUUUGGAAGACCUACUCCCCACCCAGAUAGAUUCACACUCUUAAGUGUUACUGAUUCUUGGAGUAAAAUCCCAAGAACACCAAAUGUUCAAUUAGAUAAGCAGUUAUCAAGAGAACAAAUGAUCAUCUAUAAAAAGAAACAAUUUGCCCCAGAUUACCAUCCCAACUUCGAAUUCGGCAGAAAACAAUUAGGCAGUUGUGGUGCUGCUUUUGAUAAACUCGAAAAAAGAAAAGAUAUAAUGACCAAAAUCCCUCCCUACAAUAAUGAGGCUUAUUUCGAAUUUGAUGUCUACUCUAAAGAGCCAUAAAGUCAACUAUUUAGAAACCCUACAGCACCCAAUUUUGAAAAAAUGCUCGAAAGAGAAUGCGAUGGAAAAUCAUUAUUGCCAAGUUUUAUGCAGAAAUACACCAAUACUCGUAUGGGAAUUGCUCAUUUGAAUCAAAAAAUGUUAGAAGUCAAUAAUUUUAGAGACGGAAGAUUCUAAACUGUCACCUCAAGCUUUAUGCCAUCUAAAUUAAAAAGAAAAUAGAAGCUUGAUGAAUCUAGUGAAGAAAUCGAAUAGCUGGAGGACUAAUAAUGA